AGGAACAGACCGAGAGAUAGAGACAGAAGGGAGGGUCCGUUGUUUGAUUGCGAAGAAAAGCAUCUUUGGGAAUCGAAAAGAAUUAAGAUAGAGUUAAUGGGACCUGCUUUGCAUUUGCAGUGUUGAGUUUGUAGUUGAAAGCUUGAAAUGGGUGUAGCAAUCACCUUUAUCAACCAUUCCCAUUUGUCCAUUCCCUCCUUUCACUUGGGAUCAAAGUCUGCAUCAACAUCAUCCUUUCCCUCACCGACACCUUCUUCUUCCUCCUUAUUGCGCUUCUCACAGCGCUCUUCAUGACCAUGAUCCUCUGCCUUACAAUCGGAUCUCAGUCGCAGAUCCAAAUCCAACAACGUUCACCGUCACCUCCACUUUUCUCCUCUUUCUCAUGGACCCCUCUACUUCUCGUCCUGCUGUAGUCAUCGACAAUGGCUCCGGGUACACGAAGAUGGGGUUUGCUGGUAAUGUUGAGCCAUGUUUUAUUGUCCCGACAGUGGUUGCAGUGAAUGAGACGUUUCUGAAUCAAUCGAGGCCCUCUUCCAAAGGCAAUUGGGUAACCCAGCACAACGCCGGGGUUAUGGCGGAUCUUGAUUUCUUCAUUGGGGAUGAGGCGCUUUCCAAGUCACGAUCAAGCAGCACUUACAAUCUCAGCUACCCGAUUCGGCAUGGCCAGGUGGAGAAUUGGGAUGCCAUGGAGCGCUUCUGGCAGCAGUGCAUAUUCAACUAUUUGAGGUGUGAUCCGGAGGAUCACUAUUUUCUCUUGACCGAGAGUCCAUUGACGGCACCUGAGAGUCGCGAGUAUACUGGAGAAAUCAUGUUUGAGACUUUUAAUGUACCUGGACUUUACAUUGCUGUGAAUUCUGUGCUUGCUCUUGCAGCUGGCUACACAACAUCCAAGUGUGAGAUGACAGGAGUUGUAGUGGAUGUUGGAGAUGGGGCUACUCAUGUUGUACCUGUUGCAGAUGGUUAUGUAAUUGGUAGUAGCAUCAAAUCGAUUCCCAUUGCCGGAAAGGACGUUACCCUUUUUGUGCAGCAGCUUAUGCGGGAAAGAGGAGAAAAUGUACCACCUGAAGAUUCUUUUGAAGUAGCUCGGAAAGUAAAGGAAACAUAUUGCUACACCUGCUCUGACAUUGUGAAGGAAUAUAAUAAGCAUGACAAGGAACCAGCCAAGUAUAUCAAGCAAUGGAGAGGCAUUAAACCAAAGACAGGGGCACCAUAUUCCUGUGAUAUUGGCUAUGAACGAUUUCUUGGCCCUGAGAUUUUCUUUAAUCCUGAGAUAUAUGGCAGCGACUUUACCACCCCUUUGCCAGUAGUAAUAGACAAGUGCAUUCAGUCUGCCCCAAUUGACACAAGAAGAUCAUUAUAUAAGAAUGUGGUGUUGUCGGGUGGAUCAACCAUGUUCAAGGAUUUUCACAGAAGGUUGCAACGUGAUCUAAAGAAAAUAGUGGAUGCUCGUGUCCUUUCAAAUGAAGCACGUUUAAAUGGGGAGAUAAAGUCACAGCCAGUGGAGGUAAAUGUACUCAGUCAUCCUAUCCAGAGAUUUGCAGUUUGGUUUGGAGGUUCAGUGCUUGCAUCAACACCUGAGUUUUUUACGGCUUGUCAUACAAAAGCAGAAUAUGAGGAGUAUGGAGCAAGCAUUUGCCGGACAAAUCCUGUUUUCAAGGGAAUGUAUUAAAGCAACGACAAAUUAGUUGUGAUCAUGGAUGCAGUUACUUGAUGAAAAUGUCGAAUAAUGUCUGGUUAUUUUGAUCCUCAAUUCACCUCCUUGUCUUUCUUCCCACCUGUAUUGAGGGUGGCAGAGAUGAGUGUAAAAUAUGUACAUUCAGUGAAAAAAUUGCAUUUCCAGUUUCUAUAUUCCUGAGGUUCACCCUAGGCUGUCAGUUUCACAUGUUUAUUGCGUUUGCCAGCUUGUUCAGACGGCACUUAAUGGUUAGAUUGAAACUCAUCUUUGACAAAAAGUUGGCUGAGCCGAAUUGCAAAUUUUGGAGCUUAGAGUUUGAUAAGUUUCUGCAUAUUUUUCAUUUACUAUUAGUAUCUUUCCAUUCAGUACUUUUAUAGUUAGGAAGAUAAAUUCAUUGGGAUUGAAUUGUAAUACAUAAUAAGCACCAGUGCAGGGGGUUAGAUAAUAGAUUGUUUUUGUGAAUCACUUACUUUUGGGUACAUAAUGUACAAUGUGGAUUCUGCUUAAUGAUAGUCAAAGCCUGAAACAAUUCUUUUGUCACGAUGACUAUUUGUGAUUUGUAAUGUACUUUCCUGUCAAGUAAUUUGAAAUUUUUCU